GCCCUCGCCAUCCUAGGAAAAGGAAUUGGCGGCGGGGAGAAGAAGAAGAAAACUAGAUUGAGAAGAAAAGUUGCAGGAUGGACCUGUCAAGCCGGCUGGCGGUGUUGCGGGACCUGGCAGAGAGCUGUGGGCUCAGUACAGUGGUGCAGGGUGUGCAGCAGGUGUGGAGACUGCUGCUGCUCUGUUUCAUGUGCAGACUGUGCUUCAGACUAGGAGGUGUGUCCUAUAUGAAACAUGUUGUGUCUGUGUUGGCGGGGCUGUACGGCCUCUUCCUGUUCUUUGAGCUACACAUGCUGUGGGUGCUGUUGCUCAGUGCGCUCUGUUACCUCGUCCUGCUCCUCAGCCAACACUCCAGCAGCAGAGGCCUUUUCCUCUCGGUGGUCAUCCUCAUCUACCUCCUUGUUGGAGAGUUGCAUUUAAUCGACAUGGUGACCUGGCAUAAAAUAAGAGGCUCUCAGAUGGUGGUGGCCAUGAAGGUCAUCUCUCUGGCCUUUGACCUUGACAGAGGAACAGUGGGUAGCCUGCCCUCUCCAGCUGAGUUCCUGGGCUAUGUUCUCUUUGUGGGCACUGUUGUCUUCGGCCCUUGGAUCAGUUUCUCCAGUUAUAAAAAUGCUGUUGAGGGCAAAAAACUGAGCUGGUCGUGGCUGCAUAGUUCCUCCCUCAGCCUCCUGACGAGUCAGAUUUGUCUGCUGGUCUCCACCUGCAUCGCCCCUUACCUCUUCCCUUUGUUAAUACCCAUCCAUGGAAAUGCAGUCACACAGAAGUGGCUUCGUGCCUAUGAGAACGCAGUAUCCUUCCACUUCAGUAACUACUUUGUGGGCCACCUCAGCGAAGGCACCAGCAUGCUUGCUGGAGCAGGCUUCACUGAAGAAAAAGACACUAUCAGAUGGGAUAUGAGUGUAGUGAAACCUCUCAGUGUGGAAAUCCCUCGCUCCAUGGUGCUGGUGGUGACUUCCUGGAACAUCCCCAUGUCCCGAUGGCUGAAAACCUAUGUCUUUAAGAAUGCCAUGAAACUGGGGACUUUUCCAGCCAUCCUGGUGACAUACACAGCCAGCGCCUUACUGCACGGUCUGAGCUUUCACCUGGGAGCUGUUCUGCUCUCUUUGGGCUUUAUCACAUAUGUUGAACAUGUUCUGAGAAAGAAGCUUGCAUCCAUCUUCAGUGCCUGCAUCCUGUCCAGGCCCUGCACCCCUGAUUGCAGCCAUCAGCAUAAGAAGGAGUAUUGGGUGAUGUUACUGAACCUGGUUUUCAGUGUCCUCACCAUCUUCCACCUCACCUAUCUGGGCUCAAUGUUUGAUCCUGGUGUUGAUGAACAGGAAGUAGAAGAGGGUUACACAGCCAUCCACACCAUCCAGAGGUGGUCUGAACUCAACUGGGCCAGCCACUGGGUUGUGUUCACCUGCUGGGUCAUCUACCGUUUAAUACAGUGACGUCAUCGGAGCAGAUGGGAAGACUGCACAUAACUCUGGGUUUGUGAUGGUGAAGAUCAGGAUGUUAUCUGAUGGCAGCAAAUGACGAGGAUCUGCUCAAAUUGAAAGAACGGUGGGACAGGUGGAGGACUGAAUCUGUCCUCAGGUGGUUUUCACAGACUGGUCUUGCUUCAGAUAUGAAGAUGGAGAACAAAUGUCUUCAGACCUGUUUAAAAUGCUGACUCAUCUGUUGAGGAGAGAUGGAUGAAGAGUGAGAACAAAGUAAAUAGCUACAUUAUACUGUAUGAGGCCGGGAUGAUCGUUACUGAAAUGAACUGCAGCAAAGGAUCCAAUGCUUAGACUAAGUAGAAUAGUUCUGCUGCGAUGUCCAUGUCCAAAACAUGGCAGCAGUUUGCCAUGCUUACAUACAUGUAGAUUUUUAAAGGGUCCAUAAGUGUAAUUGAUCAUGUUCUUCUGUUACAACCGAAUCUUGUUUUACCAAUACUUUUGUUGUUGUAUUUUUUCCUCUAACAGUGUCUGUAAAGGUAAACAAGCUCCUGGUUUGUGGUUGGCUGCAAACAGCAUGGUAUCAGACUGUCAAAGACAGGGUGUAAGCUCUGCCUUUUUUUGUGUUGUUAAUUUUAAUCACCUACCUCAAUUACAAAACCCUUAGUAAAGUGAGUAAUUAUCAUAGUUAAGUAUUUUUACAGAAAUGUAUACAGAGAGGGAAAUAUGUAUUCAACAUGUCAACUUUUUUUUCAUUAAACAUAUUUCCAUCUCAGCUAUUCCAAUGAAAUUUAGACCAGACAUUAGUAUUAACUCAGUAAAUCUAUGCAGAUAAAAAACCUUAACAUUUCAAUCCAUAAAAAAAAGUUAUGUGCAUAAAGUCAAACAACAGGUAAAAAUUA